UAUUAUUAUUAAGUCUUAAGGCGGAAGCACACACUUUUGCAUAGCUGCAUAACCAUGUGCAUAAGGAAAUUGGUCUAUUAGCAAAUGCAUAAAGAAAUGGACCAAUCAAUGUCUUUUUCCAAUUUAUGGUUAUGCAAAAGUUAUGUUAAAAUAAAUGUCCUCUUCGUAUCGGUGCUGAUUGAAUAUAUUAAUUACUUGAACAAAUAAUACUUAGUAAUACUGACAACAAUGGAUUUCGUGGCUACUCAAAUUUGUGAGGAUGAGAAUUUUUCGUUUACUCAGAGAGUUUCCUACGAAAAAGGAGAGGAAGAAUCAGUGCAGGUUGGAACAUUAAGCAUCGAUGGCAGGGACUACCAAAUAAAAAGAGGGAUCACAAAAAUUGGUAGACUAAAUAGCUGUGAUAUCUUUAUUGACAAUGUAACAGUAUCAAAUCUACAUGCAGAAAUUGAAGUUAGUGGAGGCCAAGGAUUAGCUUGGAUCUGUGAUCUAAAUUCUUCCAAUAAGACAAAGCUUAAUGAUACAAUACUACGACCUACUCGUUUUUAUGAACUCAAAGAUGGAAGUGUUCUUAAAUUUGGCUUAGUGUCUGCGACUUAUCGUAUGUAUCGUCCAGUCGACGAUACAAUGAUACCAGAAACGCCUGCACCAUCACGGCAGAAAACUAUGAGUACAAUAAUCCCAAAUACACCAGACUCUUCUCUCAGUAAUUCCUUCAUUGGUGUGGACAGUGAUGGAUCCGUUAUUCUUGGAACUCAGAAAGAUGACAGAAAUUGCAUCUUUCGACGGCCGCAGGUUCUGCAACAAUCUACAGGCAUUAGCAAAAGAAAUAGCUCGUCUACAUCCUCCAUGAACGAAAGCAAGGAUUCGCAAGGAAUUGCAACCAUGUUACAUACAUCGGAUACUAAUGUUAGCGAUAAUCAAGUUGAUAUAUUUAAUGCAGAAACGCAGGCAUUUGAGGAAGUAUACAAAACGAAAUCAAAUUCCAUUCAUGAUAUGGAAACGCAAAGAUUCUACACAGAUAGAUCCGAACGUCUUAUUGAAGUUAAUACCAAAGCUGGCAAGCAGUUGUCAAAACUAAAUAUUCGAAAUAAAACUACUGACAGAUCUGUAAUCCACGAUAAAGAAACGCAAAACUAUAUAGAUGAUAUUAGUGAAAUGGAAACUCAAAAUAUUGAUAAUGUAACGGGUAAGAAGUUUAUGACGGAUAUUUAUGCCAUGGAAACUCAAGUUUAUGUUCAUGAUACUGACGAAAGGGGCAGCGGUGCUCGAAAAUCUGAAACUGGCAACGCUCGGAUCAGACGCGAUAUUUACGAUUUAGAGACACAAAAAUUUGGUAAUGAACCUAUUGCAAAAGAUAUAUCUGACAUGGAAACUCAAGUUGAGACAGAUGGUAUAGCAAGCGAGAUUAGUAAUAAUCGAGCUAAGGAGGAUGAAGAUAAAGAUGGUACGGCGAAUACCGUUAAGGACGGAACAAAUCACGAGAACGUUACCAAGUCUCCGAAAUCCAGAUCUAGUAGUCCUGGAUCUCUGAAUUUAUCUUCACCAGGAAUUGAAGACUGUUCUUCCUCACCAUUAAACCAGAGUAGUCAUUUGCUUGAAUCAUCGGAUUUGUUAGAGUUUUUUGGUGAAGGUAUUGAUAAGCAAGAGAGACUGCGAGCGUCUAAUAUGUCUACGCCACUUACAAAAGUGUCAUUGAAAAAGAAUAGUGACAUGCAAAACACAGUGAACAACGAAAAGGACAACGACGAGGACAUUUUUAAUGCUCCCACUCAACGCAUCAAUCAUAACUUUGAAGCUUUACUAUCGGAUUCCGAGACCGAUAAGGAAGAUGCGCUUACUUCAAAGAAGCUUGGAAAGUCUCGAUCGGAAUCAGCCAACGAUGAUUCGGACACGGACGCAGAGGAAUACAUUACAGAACUUGCUAAAAAGACGCGUGAAUCUUUAGGAACAGUAAAUGAACCAUCUAAUAAAGAUGCAAGCAACAGAAAUGAUCCUGGCACGAGUGUCGAGUCCGAAGAUAUAUUUGAUGCACAAACGCAACGAUUGGAGGAUUUUACUACGAAUAUAUUGAAUUCUUCGAUUAAUCAAUCACACAAAAUUAACGAAAUUAAUAACGCUAUUGAUUUGGCAGCCACGCAAAUUAUAAGCAAUGUUGACAAUCACACAAAUACAUCCGCGCCAGAUGUUAAUAAUAAAGCGCCUACUCAUUCUAUUUUAUCGCAUAAAACUUCCCCAAAAACGGUGAUUAAUUCUAAAAACUUUGCGUUGAAAAGUAAUCAAAACGACACGGAUGUAAUAACCGCGCGUAUUGUUGAUGGAAAAUCUGUCGAUAGUUGUACAAAGCAAAAUCUUGAUUGCGAAGAUGCAGAUUACGAGCUUGCGCCUACACAAAUACUCAGCGAAAUUGAAGAAAAAAGAAACUCCACUCGCGAGAAAGGUUCUUCUCGGGUGAAUUUAAACGAUACUAUUGAACAAGAACUCAAUAAAAUGUUUGACGAUGUAAAUAACGAUAUGAGUAACAUUCAUGAGUCGCCGCAUAUGUCAACGCAAUAUCUGGAAGAUAUUCUGGAAUCAUCGCAACGUGAUGACUCUGUUAAUAAAUCCAAGAUUGACAACAGAGAUACAGAUAACGUGCUAAAAAAGCAAUCAAAUAAAAAAAGUCAUGCACCUCGUGAUUCAACACCUCAACAUUCACAUAAUUUAUUGAGUAUCGAAGUAAGUACGAAUAAUGUAAAUAAGGCGAAGACUGAAUCGCAAGAAUCAGACGUUUAUUUUUCUACUAUUACUACGAGACGAAAGAGAAAUGUUUUGAGAGAUACGCAAGAGCUCAUAGAUUUCAUUGAGGAUACAAAUUCUCAUCAGAUUAAUUCUUCGGAGGUGUCUAAAGUGAGUAAUAAAAAAGCUGUAGAUGAUAGUACAACCAUAGAAUCUCAAGAGAAGAAAAGAAAAAAAAGAAUCUCAAAAGUGGAAAACAAAUCCGUCACAACUAUGGAAAUAUUAAACGAUAACAACGGUAAAACCGUCUCGAACGAGAAAAGUUUUCGAAGUUUGAGAUCAAAACAAAAAGACGAAGCCGUAUCGCAAUCAAGCGAUCGAGUCUUGGGAAAAAAUCCAGUUAAAGUUGAUGAUACAGAAGAGAACACGUCGAUUUGCACACCUUGUCCAUUGGUAUAUGAACAACGUGCGCAAACGUUGGAUACAUUGUAUGAGAGUGACGAUGACAUUCUGACACGUUUACCAGCGGUCAGAAUAUCGGGAACACUUUCAAAUCCACCAAGUCCUUCUGCGUCAUCGACAUCGACUGUGCGCAGUAUAGAUCUAAGACCUAAACUUGACAACGCGAAGAAGAAAAGAAAAAGAGGUGCUCCUUUGAAAAGAAAAUCACUACGCGAACAGAAUCUUAAAAACUCAGAAAAAAACGAGCCUUCCAUUGAUAAUCAUUCAAAACCGCCGUCUUCAACGACUGAUAAGAUGUUUGACAAAAUAUCUGACAAGAUGUCAGAUCUCGUAGACACUUCUGAUGAUUCUGACAGCGAAACUAAUAAACGAUUUCAACAAAUGGCAAACAGAAUGUUGAGUAACGAGCUCGGUUGCCAGAAACGGCAGAAUAAAGAAACUAGGAAAAAUGCACGCAUUUCACAAGAUGUGUCGGAGGAAGUAGGACCAAAUCAGGAAGCAGAAUCAAAAAAUCCCAAACUACUUCAAGCACAGACUAAUUCAAGAAUGACACGACAUUCCAGUAGACAAAACGAUAAAAGUUCGUGUGAUAUUCAAAGAGAAACUCGCGCGAAAAGUAAAACCUAUGGAGCCACUUCUACAAAGUUAGAAACGAAAUCUAUUAUAACUAAAAGAAAAAUAUCUUCGAACGUGAUAGAAGAAAGUGUGGAGCUAGAUACUUUGAAGAAACGUAAAACAACUCAAGUCACUGAGAAACAUAUGGUUUCUACACGCAGUCAAAGAAGUGCGAAGAUUACAACCGACACUCAGUCUUCAAAUAUCCUUGAGGAUUCUAUUAAAAAUCGUAAAGAUUCUUCGACGAUUCAAAAUAUGAAAUUUUUCAAAGAUAAUAAAUUAUCUAAGAUUGCAUCGGAAGAAACUCAACAGACCUUAAAUACAAGAACAGAAGGAAAUGUCGAUCUUGGAGGAUCCAACGUUAAACGAAUCGGACAUACGAGUCAAGUUACAACACAUAUUAAUGACACAAUUGCGAAUGAAAGUAAUAAGAAAAAUAAGCCGAUUCAAGUAAAAGGAACAGAAACGCAGAUAAGUCAAACGCAAGACAAGAUUCUAAGAGUUGUACUUAGUCCUAUGAAAAGUCCCGCGAAUGAUUCAUCGCAGGAAGUUGAAAGGAUUAUGGCAAGUGGUCCAAGUAACGCAAAGGAUAGGAAUUUAUCGCUUAGAAAAAGUAAUAAGGCGAAAAUAUUUCAAAAACAAUUAAGGACCCGAAGCGGCAAACAAUCCAAUUCGGACACCGAAACAGAUUCUGCUUUAACUGAGAAUGUGUCCUCUUCUAUCUCAAUAGAAGAUUCGGAUAACACUCAAUUUGACAAUUCUGCGCCGAGACGUAAACGCGGUAGACUUCCGAAAAGUUCAGUUUCUUCAUUGCCAGAUGCACAAGUCUUAAAAAAGCAAACAUUUAAAAAACCCACUCGUAUCGAUCAGACUUCUGCAAGUUCGAUUUUUGAUUCUUCCGUGAAAAAUACGAUGUCGUCUGAGACAGAAGAUUCCGAUAACAUUCAAUUUGACAAUUCUGCGUCGAGACGUAAACGCGGUAGACUUGCGAAAAGUUCAGUCCCUCCGCUGUCAAAAGCACAAGUUUCGGAAAAAGAGACAUUUAAAAAACCCACUCGUAUCAAUCAGACUUCUGCAAAUUCGAUUCUUGAUUUGUCCGUGGAAUAUACAGCUAAUGUGAGUAGUAUAGAAAGUGAUGCUUCGACAAGCUCCAGAUUUUCAAAAUCGCAAGUAACAAGCGUCAAAUUGAAGAAGAUGAAAUUGAAUAAAAAUACGCACAAACCAAUUGAUGAUGAUGCUUCUUCAAGUCUAAAUACAAGUGCAGAGAGUACAUCGUCUCUUCUUUCAACACCUACUAGAGCGCGCAGAAGUGCAUCUGUCUUGAGCAAUUCCACGCCAUCCACAAUAAAACAUAAAAUUUUGUUUACAGGACUAACAGAGGAUUACAGUAAGAUUGUUAAAGCAUUAGGUGGAAGCAAAGUUGAAGAUUCGGCAAAAUGUACAGUUUUAGUGACAGACAAAGUUCGCCGAACGUAUAAAUUUUUAUGCGCUUUGGCAAAGGGUAUACCUAUAGUGGCGAUCGAUUGGUUAAGAGAUAGCGAAAUAGCUAAGCGGUUUUUAGAUUGGGAAAAUUAUAUAUUAAAGGAUCCCGCCGCCGAAGCCAAGUUUGGCUUUAGACUAAGGAAGAGUCUUGAUAAAGCUAAGGAGAAAAAAAUGUUGGACGGUUACGUUGUUGUAUUGACGCCGAGUGUCGCACCACCGCCUAUAGAAGAACUAAAAGAUAUGGUGUUGUCUUGUGGAGGAAAAGCUCUGUUACGCCCACCAACCAAGUGGCCUGAUCGAGCAGUAAUUUUAUCUCGUGAGGAAGAUUUACCAAAUGCAAAAAAGUUUCUUGCUAAAGCACCGAACACUGUUACAAUACAAUCAAUAGAAUUUAUCUUGACUGGUAUCUUAAGGCAAGAAACUGAUUUCGACAAGUAUAAAUUAAAGUGAAUGACUAGUGGUAA